AUGGGUGGAGGUAAAGGAGAUGAAUUUGUCGAUGAAACAUCACUUUGUAAAAUACCUCCAACCAAAACAUCACAACAACAACAACGAAAAACACGUCGACGUAAAAAAGAAUUGUUUAGAGAAAAUAUACUUUUGUUGUUUACAAUAUUUAGUGUUUUUGCUGGUUUUGGUAUUGGGUUUGGAUUGAGACAUUUACAUUUAACACAGAGGGAAAUUGAUUUAAUUGGUUUCCCAGGAGAAAUAUUUAUGAAUAUUCUUAAAGCAAUGAUAUUGCCGCUAAUAGCAGCUAGUUUAGUUUCUGGAUUAAGUCAACUUGAAGCUAAACAGUCUGGGUGGAUUGGUUUAUUUGCGUUAAUUUAUUAUUCUGUUACAAUGAUUUUGGCUGUAGUGACUGGUAUAUGUCUUGUUUUAUUAAUACACCCUGGUGAUCCUUUAAUUAAGAAAGAACAUGGUAGUAAACUGGAUAACACUACUGCUGAUAUUUCUGCAUUAGAUAAAUUGACAGAUGUUUUGAGAAACAUGUUUCCUGAUAAUAUUGUACGAGCAACUUUUCAACAAAUUGAAACAGAAUAUGUUGACAAAAAUGUUUCUAAUCCCAAACUUGGAACUUUUACAGUUGUAACAAGUUCUGUACAUAAAUAUAUUGAUGGAAUGAAUUCUUUGGGCUUAAUCGUAUUUUUUAUUGCACUUGGCUUGGUUAUGGGGCAACUUGGUGAUGAAGCUAAGCCACUAGCUGAUUUAUUCAUUUCAUUGGAUAAAGUAAUUAUUGCAUUGGUUAGUAUUGUAAUGUGGUAUUCACCAAUAGGAAUAUCUUCACUCAUUGCAGCAAAAAUUUUGGAAAUUACAGAUUUGGCUAAAACUGCAAAAAUGUUGGGACUUUAUAUGUUGACUGUCAUAACCGGACUUCUUAUACAUCUAUUUAUAACACUACCAACCCUUUUGUUUAUUGGAACAAGAAGAAAUCCGUACAAAUUUAUGCAAGGGUUAACUCAAGCUGGUUUAACUGCUUUAGGGACUUCUUCGUCUGCUGCUUCUUUACCAGUAACUUUCAAGUGUUUAGAAGAAAUUAUUGGAGUUUCACCAAAAUAUACAAAAUUUGUUUUACCUGUUGGGGCAAUGGUUAAUAUGGAUGGAACAGCUUUAUAUGAGGCUGUCGCUUCUGUGUUUAUUGCACAAAUGAAUGGGUUGGAAAUGGAUGCGGGGACUGUUGUGACUAUUGCUUUAACAGCAACUUUGGCCUCUGUAGGAGCAGCUACAAUUCCCUCAGCUGGCCUAGUCACAAUGCUUAUUGUUUUAACAGCGGUUGGGUUGCCUGCAUCAGAUGUUACUUUAAUAAUUGCUGUUGAUUGGCUUUUGGAUAGAUUCCGUACAUCAGUAAAUGUAAUUGGUGAUGGUAUAGGUUGUGGUUUUGUUGAGGCAAUGGUUGAAAAACGCUUUAGAAAUUCAAAAAUAAUAGCACCAACAGAUUGUUGGGCAAUUGGAGGAGGUGAAAAUACUAAAAAUAAUAAAGAGGAUAAAUUAAAUAAUGUAUUUACAAAAGUUGAAUUAUGGCCUUCAACAAGGGAAAAUGGGGGAAAUUGAAAAAUAAAAAAGAAUGAUUUAUUAACAAGAUUAAAAAAGGAAAAUUUAAACGACAAAAUUUUUAAAUUUAUUUUUAGCCAC